CUCAAGCAAGCAGAACUUCUACACCAUCGUUGAUCUUCCACUUGGCGAGCAUCAGUACAAAUUCAUCGUUGAUGGGCAAUGGAAACUAGACACGAACCAGCCCAUUACCACUAGUCCAACUGGAGUACAGAACAAUGUAAUCGAAGUGAAAGCCUCCGAUUUUGAUGUGCUCACCGCACUCUCUCACGACAUGGCUAGCUCACGCGGUGGAGCUGCUACCGAUGAUUCGCCCAACACUGGUGCAGCCGGUGGCACAGCGUGGAACGAUUUCACUCCGCACCAUGAACCCUGCAUGGAUUCGGAUCCCUAUCUAACCGGUGGUGGAUCUCCACCCGGUGAGUACGGCCGCGUGAUUCCAUCCAGCCCGUUGACGGCGAUGAAAAUGCAGUCCGGCAACUCUCCGGGCACUUCCGUACCACCGAAUCCCACACUGGGUCAAUCGAUUCCCUCCACGGACUCGAAAAAAGUGCCAACACCACCAAUGUUACCUCCACAACUGCUUCAGGUUGUUGUUUCUCCGUGCUUAUAA